GGAAUUUUCUUUUUCCCAGCGAAAGGCACGCACCGCUUUGAUAUCUCAAAACGCACCGUUUUGAAUGUCAGUUUUUCUGCGGAAGCACAUCUUUUCUCAAUUUCUUGUAUUUUGUCCAAGGAGAGUCCAGUCUAGCUAAAGGCUGAGGUAGUAGGCAGAAACGCAGUGUAUUAUAUCCUUGGUGAUUAGUCCGGCAGCUGCUCUGGUCCAAGCAGGGUUUAGUGUUUUCGCUAACCCCUCACUCUGCCUUCUCUUCUAUCCGUUUGUUAAGACAGUACCACUCUCAAUCAUAUAAGCCUCUUAUCGUUGUCUGUCAAGUAAUUUGAGCUUUAGCAGUGAACUUCUAAAGUAGAGUUACAAUGUUUGUGUAUGGAUUGAUGGGUAGUCCAUCAAGAUGUUGUCUUAGGACACCUGUAGGUGGCCUGGGUUCACUGAAGAGGGUUUCAGCUUUCCCUAGCUCUUGGAAACCUAAAGAUAAGAUUACAAUACCCAGUCUAGAAAGAAAUUAUUGGUUUGGUUCUGCUCAAGGAUGCAAGAAACAGCAAACUCACACGAUCAAGUGUACAAUGGGUGCUUCUUAUGGUGAUACGUCAAAUGGAUCAACUGAUAUCUUCCCUAGAAUUAAUGUUCGGGAUCCAUACAAAAGACUAGGAAUAAGCCGGGAGGCUUCUGAAGAUGAAAUUCAAGCUGCAAGGUCCUUCCUUGUUCAGAAAUAUGCAGGGCACAAACCAAGUUUAGAUGCUAUUGAAUCUGCCCAUGACAAAAUAAUAAUGCAGAAGUUUUAUGAAAGGAAGAAUCCAAAAAUUGACAUGAAAAAAAAGGUAAGGGAAGUCCAUCAGUCUCGUGUUGUGCAGGCUGUCAUGAGCAGGUUCCAAACUCCAUCAACAAAAAUCAUCAUAAAAACAUCCAUUGCCUUUGUAGUGCUUGGGGCUCUCACUGUACUCUUUCCAACUGAAGAAGGCCCAACUCUUCAGGUAGCCUUGUCUCUGAUUGCUACCAUAUACUUCAUAAAUGAGCGGCUGAAGAGCAAACUCCGAGCUUUUCUUUAUUCUGCUGGAGCUUUUAUUUUCUCCUGGUUGCUGGGAACUUUCUUGAUGGUAUCUGUGAUUCCACCCAUACCUUUAAUUAAAGGAUUGAGGAGUUUUGAAGUGACAACGUCACUGAUAACCUAUGUGCUACUCUGGGUUUCUUCAACUUAUCUUAAGUAGUGCCAGAUAAGUGCUAUUAUAGAUUGGAGUAGACAGCAAGAUCUUCUUCGUUAACUUAUUGUUUCAUCGGUUAUGCAGUCUUCUUACAAAAGGCCAUGCCACAUUUCUAAUCAUAUAGCCUUGAAAUUAUUAGGGCCUCCCAAUUUAGAAAGGGAAGAUUGUGAAAUUGUCUACUAUGUUUUUUUGAGAAUGGAUGUAAAAGAGUAGGUUGAGCAUUUCAUGAUUUAUCACAUGAUAUAUUCCUCAUUU